AUAUUAUUAACGUGAAUUAAUAUAAUUAAACUAUUUCAUCAGUUUAGAAAUCUCUAUUAAUCAUAAAACAUCAUCAAAUAAGUGUGGUAGCUGAAAAUUAGGAGCUAGACGAGUAUAUUAAGCUUAAAAGCUGAUUUGUUAUGAAAAUAAAAACACAUUUUUCUACAAAUUCAUAAUUAGGCUCUUUUUAGUAUAAUUAAUACCUUUCAAAAUGAUCGAGGAAGACGACCCAAUAGAGGAAGAGAUUCCAGUGUAUCUUUCAAAAAGUUUAGCUAAUAAUCUUAAUGUUAUUCAGUUUCCAAUUAAGAAUCACUUGUAUAAUAUAGAUAGGUCUAACAUAACAAAUUGCUGCUACAAACCAGAGAGUAAGCAGGUAAAAAUUGAUUUUAAACUAGAUACUGCUUCGAGAAAUUAUGAUGCAUUUAAGGGUGAUAUGCUUGCUAAAAUAGCAGAUGGAAAUAGGGCAUCUACUAGCUAUGACAAAAAUGAUCAUCCGACGUUUACAUCAGGCAGAAUGGACAAAGCAACUUAUACUAGCUCAAUCGGUGUUGAAAAUCCUCGAUAUGCUGUCGGUUUUAUGGAAGCUGGUGGAUUAUAUUUAGUUCCUGUAAAAACAUUCUUUCAAAUGCGUCAGACAUACUCAUACUUUGAUAAAGGUGAUAAAAGGACAAAAGCAGAGAAAGGAGAUAUGGACGAGGAGGAGCCUGAAGAGGAUUUAAAGCAAGUCACAGUUAAAUUCGCUAGAACUGGUGACAGUGAAAAGAUUAAGAAAGCUAGAGAAAAAUCAUAUCGAUUUAUAUCACAAAUUGGCAAAGAUGAGGCGUGGUGUGAAACAUUAAUCUAUCCAAAACAUACAGCUCAAUCACAACUAGAACGACACAAAAUAUCUGGUAUCAAUAUUUGUUCGGAUAUUUCAACAGGAACUAACAUGUCUCAGGAUGAAUAUUUUGAUAAGCUUGUGAAUUCAGCUGAAGCCGCAAACUCACUAGAUGCCUCAUUAGCACAGACACUAAAGAUAAAGGAAGAAGACACGAAAUUAGAGGAAAAUAACGGAAUGAUAUUACAUAAAGGACCUAUAAGUAAACGACAAACUAAGAAACUGCCAUUAUUAGACCAACUUAAAGUGAUUUUAAAGGAUGCAAAGAUUUUAUCAUUUAACAAUUUAAUGGAAAUUAUGGGAAGUAAGGAAAUUACUACAGAAAAGGUACUACAAAAUUUAAAACUUUGUGGUAUAAUGAUUCGAGGAAAUUGGACAUUGCAGUCUGAUGUUUUAUAUCCCCAAAGUUAUGUCUCGUCUGUCAAUGGAAUUUCAGCAGAUUUAAUGUGUCGAGGACGUGAUUAUAUUUUAUAUAAGUUAAUUAGAAAUGAAUUAAUGUCAUUAAAUCGACAAAAGAUUUCAGCAAUUAUUCAAUUGCCUCAAGAAGAGACAAGAGAUAUUUUAGAAUCUAUAGCAUGUUUAAAAUCAAAUAAGACUUGGGAUCUCUUAAAGCCACCGGAUUAUGAUUUUGAAAAGAGAUAUCCAGACAUUUGUCAACGUCAAGAGACGUUAUGGAAAGCUCAAGAGGAAAAGUUCCUUGAAAUGGAAGCUGAGAAAAAUGAAAAGAGAAAGAGAACGCGCUCUGUAAGAGAAUCAAAAGUAUAAAAUUAAUAAUUUAAAUGAAUAAAGAAUACAAUUUUUUAUUUUGUGAAACUAA